CGUCGAGCGGUGAGGACCGGCGUGCUCUAAAACAGUCCGGUUUCGUCUGGUUCGGUGCUCGGUGUCUACGUGACCGACUCGCGGCUAAUCUUGACAGAAAAGUCCCUCGGAACCGAUCGAAACCUCGACCACCCUACACUCGGAGGACCACCGGAGCAACCUGCGCGAAGAAAUCGGUGCAGCCUGGCUCGAGUUCCCGACCAAGAGGAUCCGGAGAGGCAAGGGAAUCCGAGCAGACACAGAAGACCACUGGUCGCAGACGCGGUUGUCCAUUGUUCCACGUUGCACGCGCGCGUCGCGACCCGUCGACGAAGAGGCGAAAUAAUUGAUCGAGAUGCUGGCAGCGUCGAUCUGUCGCGAGGUUCACUUCACGGUGUUGUCCGGCACAACCAUGGCCACGCGCGUACCACGUUGCCUCUUCGGCAAGCCGAACUCGCGGGAGACCGUGGAGAUGCUGCAGGAGGCCCUGGACGCCGAACGCAGCAGGUUCGCCAAGCGAUGGGGCGUCGAUCCGUGUUCCGAGGAUAAGGAGAACAAUUACCAGAGGAAGCACCCGGAGAAGCAACACGACCCGUCGCCCAAGAAGCGGUGCAACCCGUACUCCAGGCAGACCAACAUACACGAUUACUGGCGAGCCCGGAAAGUGUGCGAGGUGAAUAAGAAGCCGCUCGCCUCGUCGAUGGACGCGGCGAAGCAGCAGAACGAGUCGUCGAAAGCGACCAAGACGAUGACGACGAUGGCCGUCAAGUCAUCGAAAAAGACGACGCAGAACUGAGAGGGACCGACGGAUGACUACGCGCAAUUUCACGACGGAUCCGCCGUCGAGCCCUCGUCGACUUUUGUAUAUUUAUUUCGUCGAUGUUCUUCCGUGAUAACCGAUCGCCGUCGCGACGACGGCGUCUUCGUUCUAGCGUUUAAUGUCCUUUAAUUGUAUUAUUCCUGUAAAUACUUGCGUCACGUGAUUUAUGGAGGUUUGGACGGGCCCGCCGGAGCCGUUCGUCCUGAAUUCGUUUCGAUUCCUCGCGCGAUUCGGGAACGAGCAACGGGAGAACGAACGCGUCGACUUCGACGAGACAGAAAAUCCUUUCGUCGCGGUCUACGCUUCAAGGCUGCCGGUCCGCCGGGCGCGUUAAUGUCCGGCGGCCGGACAAAGGUCCCUUAAAACACCGGUGACCCGUCGAAAGCCUGAAUCGGUUGGUUCCACGACGAAGCAACAAAUGCAGCGCCUCCAAAGAAUAAUCGAGUACGACGACGAAAGUCCCGCGCGGCUCCCAGCGUCUCGCCACGCGAGACGCUCCGGAGAAAGUCCUAUGUAAA